AUCAGAUGCAGCGCCAUCCUUCCCUGGACCCUCCACUCAACUGCUUCCACAUUCAUUCAUUCAUUGGCCUUUCUCUUUUUCCUGUCGACCAACAACUAUUGCGAGUCGCGGCCUCUGUCUAUAAGUACUUGUUAGCUCUCACUGUGGAGUUGUAGCAGUGUGAGUGACUCCCUUGGAGGAAGUAACCAUGGGGAAGUUUCCACUCAAGAGUGUCGGGAUUUUGGGACUUUUGAUUCUGGUUGUAGUCGCGGAUGGGAGGUUGCUCGAGAAGGAUCUGUUCAUAGGUGGUGGGGGUGGAUUUGGUGGUGGCCAUGGCGGUGGGUUUGGAGGUGGUCAUGGUGGUGGCUUUGGUGGCGGCCAUGGUGGUGGGUUUGGAGGUGGAGCAGGAGGAGGUGCCGGUGGUGGCUUUGGAGGUGGUCAUGGCGGUGGGUUCGGUGGUGGAAUAGGUGGUGGUCAUGGUGGUGGAUUUGGAGGUGGUCAUGGUGGUGGGUUCGGUGGUGGAAUAGGUGGUGGUCACGGUGGUGGGUUCGGAGGGGGAGUAGGAGGUGGCCAUGGUGGUGGAUUUGGAGGAGGUGGCGGUCAUGGUGGUGGGUUCGGUGGUGGAGUGGGUGGAGGUGCUGGUGGUGGUUUUGGAGGUGGUCAUGGUGGCGGUUUUGGAGGUGGUCAGGGUGGUGGCCUCGGUGGAGGAGUAGGAGGUGGUGCUGGCGGAGGUGCCGGUGGAGGAUCAGGUGGUGGCUUUGGAGGAGGAGCAGGAGGUGGUGCGGGUGGUGGCGGCGGUGUUGGCGGAGGUGCUGGUGGAGGAUCAGGUGGUGGCUUUGGAGGAGGAGCAGGAGGUGGUGCCGGCGGUGGUGUUGGUGGCGGCUUUGGAGGAGGAAAGGGUGGUGGAGUUGGAGGAGGAGCAGGAGGUGGUGCCGGUGGUGGUGGUGGUGUUGGCGGAGGUGCUGGUGGAGGAUCAGGUGGCGGCUUUGGAGGAGGAGUAGGAGGUGGUGCCGGCGGGGGUGGUGGUGUUGGCGGAGGUGCUGGUGGAGGAAGGGGUGGUGGAUUUGGCGGAGGAGCAGGAGGUGGUGUUGGCGGAGGAUCAGGUGGCGGCUUUGGAGGAGGUGCAGGAGGCGGUGCUGGUGGCGGUGGUGGUGUUGGGGGAGGUGCUGGUGGCGGCUUUGGAGGAGGAGCAGGAGGAGGUGCUGGUGGUGGCGGUGGAUUUGGAGGAGGUGCUGGUGGAGGAUCAGGUGGUGGUGUUGGAGGAGGAAAAGGUGGAGGAUUUGGAGGAGGAGUAGGAGGUGGUGUUGGUGGUGGCAGUGGAUUUGGAGGAGGUGCCGGUGGAGGAUCAGGUGGUGGUGUUGGAGGAGGAAAAGGUGGAGGAUUUGGAGGAGGAGUAGGAGGUGGUGCUGGUGGUGGCGGUGGAUUUGGAGGAGGUGCAGGAGGUGGCGGUGGUGUUGGUGGAGGCUCAGGCGGUGGUUUUGGAGGUGGCGGUGGUGUUGGUGGAGGCUCAGGCGGUGGUUUUGGAGGUGGCGGCUUCUAAGAUGCCGGUGAACAAGAUCCAUGGCUACUAAAAUAGUUUCAUGUCGUAAUAUCGUCUGCGUUGCGUAGAACAGCAUAGGCUGGAAUAAACUAAGUGAUGACGAGAUGUAUCGUUGGAAAACUACUUUUAAUUGAAGACCAUGGUCCCCUUGUAAGAAUGUGAAUCAUUCCUCUCCAGGAUCAACUUGUUCUUUUCUCCAAA